GCUUUGUACGCAUGGCCCCGCCCACUCAUUCCCAUACUUUUAGCAGAGGAAUGAAGAAUUUAGGACGCAGCGAAGCUAGCAUUGCUAAGGUACUCUAGCUACAAACAAUGGGCUCGUAGUAGGCAUAUUUAGCCACUUAACGGUGUUAUUCCAAAUGGCAGCAGAGCUUAAAAAGCAUUAGAACGUUACGUGGAUUAUUUCAGCCAUUUAACCGGACUUAAAUGAAAUGAAACAAUGACAAGUUACCUGAUCUUAAUUCCACAGGAAGACAAGUAAAAACAGUUAACUUUAGUGGUCAGUCGACGCUGGACAUCAUGUUGCUUCGACUGUUUUUGUGGUUGGUUUUGGGUCUGGUUCUGUGCAGACAAGAACUCCCAGGGGCUCGGGCCGACUUGGCAACCAGCGCCACAAAUACUCUUGUAUGGGGCCCCGGACUUGAGGCUAACGUUGUCCUACCAGCCCGUUUUUUCUUCAUCCAGGCAGUGGACAGCUCAGGGAGAAAUCUAACAACCUCGCCUGGGGAGAAAACCUUUGAGGUGAAGAUGGUGUCGACGUCUGAACAGUUCACCAGGAUUUGGAUUCAGGUUCUGGAUCGUCAGGAUGGGUCUUUCCUGGUUCGCUACAGAAUGUAUGCCAGCUACACGGAUCUUCACAUUCAUGUUCUGCUCCAGGACAAACAUGUGGCCAAGUCUCCAUUUAUACUUAAAGGCCCCGUCUACCAUGAGGGCUGUGACUGUCCGCAGCCCAACAGCUUAGUCUGGCAGGCCCACAUGCACUGUCCUCAGUCCUAUCCCCAGAUAGACCGCGACCUGGCCCAUUUUACUGCUGUCGACCCAGAUCGCAACGCUCAGGAGAUCCCGCAGCGCUUCGGGCAGCGACAAAGCCUCUGCCACUACACGAUCAAAGACAACAAGGUCUAUGUUAAAACACUUGGUGAGCAUGUGGGUUUCAGAAUCUUCAUGGACGCCAUCCUCCUGUCACUUAGCAGAAAGGUGAAGUUACCUGAUGUGGAGUUUUUUGUUAACCUGGGUGAUUGGCCACUCGAGAAGAGGAAACCUACACAGAAACUUCAUCCCAUCUUCUCCUGGUGUGGCUCAAACAACACUAGAGAUAUUGUUAUGCCCACUUACGACCUGACUGAGUCUGUCCUUGAGACCAUGGGGAGAAUAAGCUUGGACAUGAUGUCCGUGCAGGCGAAUACCGGACCCCCGUGGGCGAAGAAGAAUGCCACGGCCUUCUGGAGAGGGCGGGACAGUCGCCAGGAGCGUCUGGAACUUGUCAAACUGUCGAGGGCCCACCCUGACAUGAUCGAUGCGGCGUUCACCAACUUUUUCUUCUUCAAACAUGACGAGAGCUUGUACGGGCCGCUGGUCAAGCAUGUCUCUUUCUUUGACUUCUUCAAGUACAAGUACCAGAUAAACAUUGAUGGCACUGUGGCAGCAUAUCGCUUGCCUUACCUUUUGGCCGGAGACAGUGUGGUACUGAAGCAAGAUUCUGGCUACUACGAGCAUUUCUACAACCAGCUCCAACCAUGGAAACACUACAUACCAGUCAGGGCCGACCUCCAAGAUCUACUAGAAAAGAUCCGGUGGGCUCGAGACCACGACGAAGAGGCCAAGAAAAUUGCUCUUGCAGGUCAACAGUUUGCACGCAAACAUCUUAUGGGGGACAACAUAUUUUGCUAUUAUUACAGUCUUUUCCAGGAAUACGCCAAACUCCAGGUCACGGAACCUAAGAUUCGUGAGGGGAUGGAGGUGGUAGAACAGCCUAGUGAUGAGCUGUUUCCAUGUUCUUGCCUUCGGGCGCAGGUGAAGGAUGAACUUUGAUGACUAUCAAGAAGACUACACGUCAUGUUGUUUUUAUCAAAUAAUGUAUCUUUCCAAACAAUAUGAUGAUGUAUAAUACAUGUUUUGGCAUAAUUUGUCUUGGUCUUGAUUUAAAUGUUGAAUGUUAAAUAUUUUUUUAUUAAAGAUUUUCUUUUUC